AUGGAUAAUUUGAGUUUAAGAAACAUCCUUACAAUUAAAGAAGCUGAGUUGUCUGAGGAGAGUUGUUUUACUUUUGGAAUAUGGUCUAAAUAUAGUCCAUUAAAUAUAAAAGGUUUUAAAGAUCAAAUUGGUAUGUUUUAAAGUAAUUGCUAUUAAUUAAUAAAUGUAAUGGAAUACACAACUAAGAGUUUAUAUUUUAUUUAUUAUGUCUGUCUUGAAUAUUCAACAAAAAGAAUAGUCAAAACAAUAUAAUUUGUAAAUGAUUAAGAUUAAUCAAUUCAAUUUGACAAAUCUCUUGAUCCAUAUGAAUUUGAAAACAUUUGGUACUAAUUUUAGUUGAUUUCAUGGCCAAUAUUAAGGAGAUUAGAAUUGAUCAUCAUAAAAUCAGAUAAAAUAAUACUCAAAGAAAUAAUAACUGAUAUUAAGCCUUUCAAAGAAUAACAACUAUUAUUAACAUUUGGAGACAACUUGGAAGUAAUUGAAUCUAGGAUUGAUUAAAUUACAUAAGGAAUGAUGUAUUCUUUAUUUCCAGGAUAAAUUGUUGUAUAUCAUCCCUUAAUAGAAAUAAUCCCUAUAUCAUUUGACUUUGAAUAACAAAUAAUUGAAGGAUAUUCUAGUCUAACAUAAUGUAAUUGUUAAAACAAUGAACAAGUGGAUUUAGAAGAAAUUGGCUUAAAUGUUAUUGAUGAUAAGAUUUAUAUUUCAGAAAAUGUUAAUUGUAAUUAUUAUGCUUUGAGCGGGUGGUUAAAAGUAAAAGAUAUAGUAUAGAAAUCUGAAGAAUUUACCUAUUAAUUUAUUAAAAUGACAGUAUUUAUAGGAAAACAACAAAUAUUUAAUGAGAACGUAGCUACAUUUUAAAUGUUUUAUUAGAUCUCUACUCUUUCAACCAAAAUAAUAAUAAAAACCUAUACUUAUGAUUUUCCAAUUGCCAUAAAAGAGAUUUAAGAUGUUUCAUAAGAAAUUGAGACAUAAUUUUAGAUUUAAAAGGAUAAUCUAAAGUAAUGGCAUUAUUUGUUUUUGUAAUUAGAAGAUAAUUAAUUCAAUAUUAAAAUAACUUUUUAUGAUUAUUAAAGUAAUAUCUAAUUUUAUGAGGCUUAAUUCUCAGUAAGAUAAUUUCAUAAUUGUUAAUUUAAAUUAUAAUAUGGAAAUAUCUAAAAGAAUUCAUUAAACUAUUUAAAAAUAGAAUUAAGAAAAUUUUAAUUUACUAAUUGCUAAUAUGAUGAAAGGAUCUCUAAAUGCCAUUCUAGUUGUUUAGAUUGUGAUGGUUCUAAUAAGAAUAAUUGCUUGUCAUGCCCAGUUGAGUAGUAGAGGAUAUAUAUUCCUGAAUUUAAACAAUGCCUUUGUCCAUAUUCUACAAUAGAUUAUGAUAAUAAAUGCAUCACUUAUGAAGAUUCAAACCUAUUAUUAAAAGUUAAAUAAAAUAUUAAUAAAAAGUGUAAAGCAGGUUAUUUUGAAUUAGAAGGAGAUUGUGAAAGAUGGUAUAUUAUUAAAUAAUUCUUCAUAGUCCUUCUAGAGUAAAAGCUGAUUUGAUUACAUGUUUUGAUUGCUUUUCAUAAGGAAAAGAUUGGGCUUCUAAAUCUAUAUGUGGAAAAUAUAUUUAUUUUCCUAUAUCUUUGUCACUUCAAAAUGCUAUUCUUUAUGAUUAUUCAUUUUAGUAUUAUCAUGAUGGAUCUGAUCUAAUAAUAUGUGAGAAUUGUUUGCAUCUGGAUUAUGAACAAGAAUUGUAAAAUGAAGAUGGCAUUUACAAAUUGUUUUUAUAAAAAUUUAAUGGUUUUGAAUCAUUUUGUUUUUCUUUAAUAGACUUUGGUUCUGAAUAAAAAUGUACAAUUUGUAAUGUUGGUUUUUGUAUUUUAUGUGGCAUUUAGAUAGAUGGAAUAGUUUGUUUAAAAUGCGAAGAGAAUUAUAUUGUAGUUGAUGGAUUAUGUAAGUUCAACAAAUAAAUUCCUUAUUUUUAUUAAUCUUGUCAACCUCCUUAUUAUACAACCUAUAAUAGAGAAUGCAAGAUUUGUCCUAUUAAUUAUUGUUUAUACUGUUUUGAAUAUAAUUAUAAUAAUAAUAAGGAAUCUAAUACACUCUCCUAAGCUGAAAUUUUAAUUCUAGAAGAGGGUAAUUCUUAUGUUAAAAUUGGAUGUGUUUUAUGUUAAGAUGGUUAUAUUUUCAAUUUUAACUCUGGUUUAUGUGUCAAUUAAGUACCAAGAAUAUAAUAUUGUUUAACAUCAUAUAUAAAAUAAUUAGAUGAAAAAUGUUUAUUAUCUACCUUGAAUAAUUUUGAAGUAUCAAGAGUUAUUAAUAAUUGUGAUGAUUAUAUUUUAAAUUGUGAAAUAUGCGCAUUGUAUUAUCAAUAAGUUAUUAUUUGUAUAAACUGUAAAAUAGGAUUUGUGUUAUAAGAAGGAUUAUGUUAUAUGAAUGAAGAAUCUAAAAUUAAUUAUUCUAAAGAUAUCUGGGAUUUGUAAAUUAAAGCCUUUUUAUUAAUCUAUCAAUUUGAUAAAAGUUAAGAUUAUCCUAACAAAGAACCUUCAAAAUGUGGAAAUUCAUGUCUUUCAUGUAAAAAUGAUAAUUAAUAAUAUUUUUGUGAAAAAUGUAUGUCAAACCAUUUGGAAGAUCCCGUAAGAAUCUAGUAUGGACUUUAUUGUCCUGAAUGUCCUCGACUUUGCCAGGUUUGUAUAUCACGUCCUCUUGAAGAGAUUAAAGUAAUUUAAUAUAUUAUAUAUAGUUGAAAACAAUUUGAGUC